UGACGUCCCUCCGGUUAUUACUGCUGCACUGUCUGGCGAUAUUUCAGCUGAAACAGUUUGACGGCAGUGUGUGACAGUAAACACACGUUUGGUAGCAGUGAAACACAAUCGAGUCUUGAUGAUUUAGUGUCACUAUGAGCGUGUUUGCUGCUUUCUGACACAAAUGGAGAAUUCAGAGACCAGUCCGGCAUCGGGACCCCCGGCAGUGCCGGACAGAGGCAUGGUGCGACCCUCGGGCCACCUGGGUCAGCUGUCAGAGUCAGCCAGGCCCUGCAGGCGAAGGGAGCACCCGUCCAAGUCACCAAGGAGACGACGGGAGGCAAAGAGGUCGCAGCGACGGGGGGGUGGUCAUGAACAGCUGCUCUGGGAAAUUGAGCGGCGGAGGUUGCCAGGCCAACACGAGCACUUGGAGCCAUCUGGCUCGGCAAGCGACACAGCGGAAAGUUCACCUAAGAGAAGAGCUCACUUUCUACAUGGACCGUAUCCAGCCACUCACUUCGGACCCAAAGCCUGUAUUCUUCCCAACCCAACUUCAGUCAUGCACAUCCAGGACCCGGCCAGCCAGCGGCUCACUUGGAAUAAACCUCCGGUCAACGUACUCGUCAUUAGGAAAAUUAGAGAUGAGAGCCUGGUCGAGCCUUUCAAAGAGCUCUGCAGGUUUCUAGUGGAGGAGAAGCAGAUGAUGGUGUACGUGGAACGCAGGGUCGCAGAUGAUGCUACGCUCUCAAAGGAUGAGGCCUUCGGCUCCAUCCGCAAUCAGCUCUGUACCUUCAGAGAGGGUUACGAUGAUAUCUCGGACUGCAUAGACCUGAUCAUCUGUCUGGGUGGUGAUGGGACUCUGCUCUAUGCCUCCUCUCUCUUCCAGGGCAGCGUUCCUCCAGUUAUGGCGUUCCACCUCGGUUCUCUUGGUUUCCUGACGCCCUUCAAGUUUGAGUCAUACAAGACUGAAGUGGCCAAAGUAUUUGAAGGGAAUGCGGCCAUCACUUUGCGCAGUCGUCUGAAGGUGAAGGUGGUAAAGGACAUGCUUCAGAGGACGGGCCAGCAGCCGAACAGCCGAGAGCCGCCGCCGCCGCCGCCACCGCUGCCGCAACAGCAGCAGCAGCAGCAGCAGCAGCAACAGCAGCAGCAGCAACAGGAACACAACGGACUCCUUCCUCACGGACACAUUAACAGUGAGGCUGGCAAAGUCACCCUGCAGCUACAGGUGUUGAAUGAGGUGGUGGUGGACCGAGGUCCGUCCUCCUACCUAUCCAAUGUGGACUUGUACCUCGAUGGACGACUCAUCACCUCAGUGCAGGGGGACGGUGUGAUCGUUUCCACGCCUACAGGCAGCACGGCGUACGCAGCAGCAGCGGGAGCCUCCAUGAUCCACCCCAACGUACCCGCCAUCAUGGUCACCCCCAUCUGCCCUCACUCGCUCUCCUUCAGGCCCAUCGUGGUCCCUGCUGGGGUGGAGCUCAUGAUCACCUUGUCCCCUGAUGCCAGAAACACUGCCUGGGUGUCGUUUGAUGGCAGGAAGCGGCAGGAGAUCCAGCACGGAGACUGCAUUAAGAUCACUACGUCUUGUUACCCCGUGCCCUCUAUCUGUUGCCACGACCUGGUGUACGACUGGUUUGAAAGCCUGGCGCAGUGUUUGCACUGGAACGUACGCAAGAGGCAGGCCCGACUGGCGGACGUCUCAGACUCUUCGGACACGGAAAACUGAACCGCUCGACGCUUUUUCUCGGCCUCUGUUAAACACAUUCAGGUGACGCUUCUCACAGCAGCUGAGUGAGAAAUGAAGGAAGCAAACACUGUGUUACAUUAGUUCUAUGAAUACAGCAGCAUGUAUAAUGAGUACAGUAUUUUAUACACUGAGUCAAACAUUUGCGCGAGCACCUCAUUACAUUCCAGUACAUAUACACUGUAGUUUUAUCAGUAGCUAACAGAGAGAAAGCAUGUUUCUCACCUGGAAAUGGAAAAAAAACCCAUUAUUACAUAAUCCUGUGAUGUGAAGGUAGAGGAUCACCCAAAGCGCCUCAUGAAUAUUCUGUUAACUGUUUGUUUUUUUUGUUUUUUUUGGAGCACUUAAUCAUCAAUGAUGAUGUUCAGUGUAUAGACUCCAUGUGUUACUGACAUUAACUCGUUAGGAUUAGAGGUAGAAAUACACUCAUAAGGCAGAAAUUAAGAAAUAUAAGACUUCUGAACCUAUAAGUGUAAAUUUGUACAUACAGGAUUCUAGGAUUCAAAUUUAUUUAAUGUCAUAUUUAUGUGAUAUUUAUAUAUUUUCAAGACAGGAGCUUUAAAAUACUGUAUGUGAUUGUUUUCUGCUGUACAAACAUGUUGUACAAUCUUUUAGUCCUUAAGUUCACACUUAAUCUUGGUCUCCUAACUGUUAUUUUAAAGGACAUUUUUCAGUUGUUUCAGUUAAAUUCUGCAGCAGAUUGCAUGAAUCACAGGAAAACAAGACUGAAUGAAGCAGAGAAUCAUGUCGUUUUCAAGUCAACAUGUCAAAGUCUUGUAGCAGAGGGCAGUUUGUGUGAAAAUAAAGCUUAAACACUUGCU